AAAAAGGGGGAGUAUCCAAAGGUGAGGAAGGGAGAGGGAGCGGAUAAAAAGAAGAGGAGAGGAAGGGAAGCGGAUUGCUGCAGCUCAUUCGAGUCAACAUAACGCAGGAGUUUAAUUCCUCCCCUCCCAGCCGCACCGUCCACAAUGACAAUCUAAUUAGCGGUGCGCCAAAAAAAAAAAAAAAAAAAAAAAGAAAGAAAGAAAGAAAAAUUACGCACAACUUUUUCUUCUUCUCCAGUCGUUUUGCCGGGUCGAUCCUCGCCGGUAAAUAUUAAAAAGGAAAGAAAAGAAAACCGGUGGAUCAUCGCUCAUCACUCGGACCUCGGAUCUCCUGCGCACGCGACCAAGCACUGGUCUUUAGGGGAGGGGGGCGUCUGGAUCUUGUGAUGGGGGCAGUGGCUGAGGUCGGGAGCUUCGCCAACGGGUUUCUGGAUAGCUUUGGAGCCGCUUCGGCUUCGGUCGGUUCGCAUUUCGUUCUCACCCCAGCGGGGGCCGUGGACUACAACUCUGCAACGGGACUGAUGCUGGGAGGACAGCCGCUGCUGCAGCAGCACCAUCACCACCAGCAGCAGCACCACCAGCAGCAGCACCAGCAGCAGCACCACCAGCACCAGCAGCAGGAGAACCUGGUGUCCGCGGAGAGGCUAUCCCGGAGCCUGGCGGACCUGAGCCAUCUGAAAGGGAUCCUGAGGCGGCGGCAGCUUUACUGCAGGACCGGCUUCCACCUGGAAAUCCAUCCGGACGGGACGGUGGAGGGUACCAGGAAAGACCACAGCAGAUUCGGUAUUCUGGAGUUCAUCAGUCUUGCAGUUGGACUGGUCAGCAUCAGAGGGGUGGACAGCGGCCUUUACCUCGCCAUGAACAGCAAGGGGGAGCUGUAUGGAUCGGAAAAGCUGUCAGCAGAGUGCGUUUUCAGGGAGCAGUUUGAGGAAAACUGGUACAACACUUACUCCUCAAACAUCUACCGGCACGGGGAGAAAGGGGCCUUCUAUUUCGUUGGGCUGAACAAAGAUGGGACAUCGCGGGACGGAACGAGGUCGCGACGGCAUCAGAGGUUCACGCACUUCCUACCGAGGCCCGUCGAUCCAGAGAGAGUCCCAGACCUGUACAGAGACAUACUGGGACAGAGCUGAGGGUUAAAAGCCAUCUGUGCCCUAACGCAACCAAAACCGGUCGAAACAGGCCAACUGAGUGCGCCGAACAUCAUCCCUUUCCUUUUUUCUUUGGAGACGGAGGAUCUUGUGGAUCUGGACGGAACAGAGUCGCGAAGAAAGCACCGAGUCUAGUCCACGCUGUUGGGUUGGAGAGGGAAGGAAAAAAGUCUGGGAUAUGAGAAGAAAAACGCAAGAGAACUCUAACAAAGGGACACAGAGGAGGUUCCUCAAAUGUUCCUCAGUGGCCUACGGAAAGACCCGGGUGGCCAAGAGGUUAUUCUUUUUUUGGAUUUUUAUUAGUUUUCAUUUGAUAAAAAUCCAAAUACAUGCUCAAAUGGACUGGAUCUGAUAGUUGUGUGAUUAACCACCAGCUGCUGGUAGCCUUUCUGUCUGCUGGGACUUUACUGCUCCACUACUGUCAGUAGAUGUUUUAGUUGUUUUUUUUUCUGUCUAACAUUUUCGAGGCUGCUAUGGCUUGUUUGUAUUACAAAAAAAAAAAACCCACACACACA